AUGGCAGAGAGUGUUGUUAAAUUAUUGUUAGAAAAAUUAAGUGCCCUUCUAAAUGAAGAAGUAUCUUUACUAAAAGGAGUACGCAGGGAAGUUAAAGAAAUCAAGAAGGAACUUGAUAGAAUGCGAGCCUUGUUGAAGGAUGCUGAUAGAAGAAAGGAUAGCAAUGAAGAAAUGAAAACAUGGGUGGGAGAAGUAAGAGACGCUGCACAUGAUGUGGAGGAUACCAUCGACGAGUUCUUGUAUCGCAUGGACAGGCCACGACGAGGUGGAUUCAAGGGUUUUCUCAUUGACACUAUCCAUAUCCCCAAGAAUAUUAGCGACAGUCAUCAGUUGGCCAAGCGACUUCAAGAAACCAAGGUUAAUGUUCAGAAUAUUUUUCAGCGAAGAGUUGGAGACGGUCCCAACCAAAUAGAAGAAGUCACCAGAUCCUAUGAUGUUAGCGAACUGUGGCGACGUGAUGUAGAAACUUCUCUUUUCAAAGCGGACAAUGACAUUGUGGGGAUGACAAAAGAAAUAGAUUUGAUAGUAGGAUGGUUAGUGGAGGAAGAACAACGGCCCACGGUGAUUUCAGUGACAGGGAUGGGUGGGGUGGGCAAGACCACUCUUGUCACUAAAGCCUACAAGAAUCAUCAAGUAAAGAAGCUCUUCAACUGCUACGCAUGUGUUUCUGUCUCACAGUCUCUUAAAAUUGAUGAGCUACUACGAAGCAUCAUAAAACAAUUACUUGAGGCUAAGAAAGAGGUCGUUCCAAAUGACUUAGCCACCAAAGAUGCUAGCGAGUUGAGGCGAAUGGUUAGAGGACUUCUCGAAUCAAAAAAGUACCUCAUUAUCUUGGAUGAUGUCUGGACCAUGAAUGAUUGGAAUAAACUAAGUGUCAUAUUUUCAGAUUGUGGAUGUGGAAGUAGGUUAGUAGUUACUACGAGAGACUUUAAUGUCGCUUCUGCAGCAGGAGAGGGAAGACAUGUCUGCAAGCUUAGGCUUCUGGAUGAAGAAGAGGCUUGGGUGCUUUUCUGUAAGAAGGCAUUUCCGAGUGAACCCUGUCCUUUAGAGCUUGAGCCAUUGGCUCGAUCUAUAGUAGAAAAAUGUGAAGGCUUGCCACUUGCAAUUGUUGCCAUCGGCGGCCUCCUGUCAUUGAGAGACAAGACUGCAUUGGAAUGGAGUCGAAUCUACAAAAGCCUAAGCUGGCAGUUGACAAACAAUCAAAUGCUUGAACCAGUAAAGCGCAUCCUGCUGCUUAGCUUCCAUGAUCUACAGUACCGCCUAAAGCACUGUUUCCUAUAUUGUUGCAUUUUUAAUGAGGAUUACUUAAUUCACUGCAAGCAGCUAAUUAGGUUGUGGGUGGCAGAGGGUUUUGUGGAGGAGACAGGUAAAAUUACAAUGGAGGAGGUGGCAGAAGACUACCUGAAGGAACUCAUCCAUCGAAACAUACUUCAGGUUGUUGAGACGAACGAGUUUGGAAGGUUGAAAACUUGUCGAAUGCACGAUAUUGUGCGUGAAGUGGCAUUAUCGGUAAGUCAGGAAGAAAAGUUCUGCAUGACAUAUGAUGAGCUGCAAGCAAGGCAAAAUGGCAAAGUCCGCCGCAUGUCAAUCUACAGUAGUGGCGAAAUUAAUCAUUCGAUCGCAGGUAUGACACAUCUUCGUUCCCUCAUGGUGUUUAAUGGAAACAUGUCUCUUUCAUCUUCUUUAAAUACGAUGGCAUCAAGCUUUAGAUUGCUGAGGGUCCUAAAUCUAGAAGGAGUUCCCAUCGAAAGCAUACCAGAUGAAGUGACUAACAUGUUCAAUUUACGGUAUCUAAAUAUAAGAGGAACUAAUGUUAGGGAGCUUCCUGAAUCUUUAUGGAAGCUACAGAACCUUCAAACACAGGACGUCAGGAAUACGGAGCUACAGAGGCUACCUAGUGGGAUUGUGAAGCUACGGAAACUACGACACCUGUUUAUUUAUCGAAUUACUGACAAGACUUAUAAUAGUUUUGAUUACUUCAGUAGCAUCCAAGUUCCUAUAAGAAUAUGUAAUUUAACAAGUUUACAGACUCUACGUGCUAUCGAAGACAAAGAAGGGGAGAUUGUUAGAAAAGUUGGAAACUUAACCCAACUGAGAACUCUUAGCAUUUCUAAGGUCAGAAAUCCAUGGAGCUGA